AUGUCCGAAAGUGGCUGGAACACAAUCGACUCUGACGCUGGGGUUUUCUCGGAACUAGUUGAAAAACUAGGUGUGAAAGAUGUUGAAAUCAACGAGCUUUACUCAAUUGACUCUGAUUCAUUAUCACAAUUAGAUCCGGUCUACGGUGUCGUAUUUUUAUUCAAAUAUGGAAAAAUUGAUAGAGAAUACGCCAGCAACGGCAACCGCCCGUUGGACGGUGACUACGAUGUCGAUUAUGAGAACAAAGGAAUCUUUUUCGCUAACCAGACGAUUCAGAAUGCCUGUGCUACUCAAGCAGUAUUGAAUAUUUUGCUAAACAAAGACGAUGUCGUUCAGCUUGGCGACGAGUUGAGCAACUUCAAAUCAUUCGUAACUGGUUUUGACAGCGAAAUUAUUGGAGAAACCAUCUCCAAUAGCGAAGUGAUUCGUAAAGUUCAUAACUCGUUUUCGUCUCCAUCACUCAUGGAUGAAGAUAAGCCUGAACCACCUCCAGACUACGAUGGGAGGGAUGAUGGAUUGUUCCACUUCAUAGGAUACAUUCGUUCAGGUGGAUAUAUUUACGAAUUGGAUGGACUUAAAAGCUAUCCGAUCAGACAUGUAGAAUGUUCUUCUCAACAAGAGUUCUAUGAAAAAUUACCAGAAGUAGUAUUCAAGCGAAUCUCCUUGUAUGGAGAUGAAUUACGUUUUUCUUUACUCGCCGUCACCAAUAACAAAUUGGAGCAAGCCACAAGAGACAAUGAUAGCGAAGCCAUCCAUUCUCAGUUGAUGAAGAGAGAAACCUGGACGAACGAGAACGAGUUGAGAAGACACGACUACAUGGGAUUCUUGGUGGCACUUUUGACAAAUAUUAGCAAGGAAAAGAACGAUGAAGAGUGGAAAAAAUUAUUAGAGAAAGCCAAAACAAAGAGUAGUAAGAGAUUGGCACAAAGGAUUGCAGAACAGCUGUAUGGAAAGAAGUAA